AUGAAUAUAAUCUCACAUAAAACAUAUAAUGAUGUAAAUAUUGAAGAAUAUGAAUAAAAUGGAUGGAAUUUCAUAUUUACUAAAGCUGGAAUGUAUAAUACAUCAGAUUUGGAUAUGUUACAAGACGCAUUGACUUUGUAAGGUAUUCCAGAUAUCACAAAUGGUAAUAAUUGUGGAUUGAUCUACAAUAAGCAAUUUAAUUUUGGGUUUUUAGUGGAUCCAAAAGAUGCUUUAUAUUUAUGUAAUUAUCAGUCAAGAGAAACAAAUUACUUAGAUAUCAAGAAGGAUGUAAAAUCAAACAAAUUAAAUUAUAUAUCAGUGAUUCCAGAACAAGCUUAACUUAAAUAUGCAAAUAUCUGGAAUUAGAAAUAAAAUGCAGAUAUUAAAGUAUUAAAUAAAAUAUCUGAUACAUUUUAUUCAUCUCCAUAUAAAGGAACAAUAGUUGAUGGAGAUUAGAUUAAUUAUUAAUUUUAAAGAUUUAAACAAAUUACAGGAAUUUAAGGUAAAUCGAUCUUUGAAAAAUAAUUAAAUGAGAAUGUUAUAAAAAAUGAAAUAGACUAUUUAAAUUAAGUAUUUAAUAUAAAAUCGAAUACAUUCCAUUGUGAAUAUACAGAAGAUGAGAUUCCAUUAAAUAACUUAACAUAAGUAUUGAAUGAUAUCAAAUAUAAAAGGCAAAUCCAAUAAAAUGGGCAUCUCAUAUUUCUUUAUUUGAAGAUGAAUUAGGUGAUAAUGGUUUAUCAAAUUGUGAAUACAGAUUUAGAGUUAUGGGUGAUUGUUUUUUUGGAUUGAUCCGCAGUUAUUUAAGAAUUGAUGAAGUUUUAAUUAGAAUAUUUGAUACAAGAAUAUAUCAUCAAUUUGAAUGGGAUUAUGUUUUGAGAGAUUUCACUCAUAGAGAAGAUUCUUGGAGUAUAUAAUUAUAUAUUAAUAAUAGCUAAUAUCCAAAAGAAUGGAUUUAAUUUCACUCCUUAAUGGUCUACAGAUUAAAAUCAAUCAUUUAUGGUAUAAAACUCAGUUCCAAUUUAAUUACAUGUUAAUGAUAAAAUAUUUUUUAAAUCUGCAUGA